AUGGUCGGAAUUCGUUGUCUUCCGGUGAUUUCCGACGUUCGAAUCCGAUUGAAUCCUUCAAAAUUAGCGUCGUCGAAACUGAUCGGAUCUGAGCACUGGAACCGGCCGGAUUCCCUACUUUUCCGUGAUCGGAAACAUCCAGAUUUAUGCAACGCUUCCUGUGUCAACUAUAAUAUGAAGGGGUACAAACUUCAAGAAAAUAUUUUCCGUUCACAAAAUGAAAAGUGCAGAAAAAUCCAGUUUUUCGUUAUAGAUAUAGAGCUACAAGAGGCUCUCGCUAUAGCUGUAGGGAAACAACGCCGUAAAACAGAGAAAGAAAAUGAACGCCAAAAACGGCAACGAAGAUUUAUAUAUAAAUUAUCUCCAGGCGUCCGUUCACCAUCGGCGGCACCAAAACCAACGACACAAAAAGAAAGAGCUCAAUCUCUCACAACAUUUUCAUUUGAAACGACAACUACAAUGACUCGUACACGUAUAAUUAACUCGUUAUCAGCAAAAUCUUUCGACCGAAACCAUCCGGAGGACAAUACUGUAAUAUAUUGGGAUGAAAUUGAAGAUCACACUCUUCUUAACAGCGAAAAUUCUGUUGGCAUGAAUCCAGACGAUUUUGAAUUAUAA